AUGGAGGAUGCGAAACCACAUCCGCAAGAAGCAGCACCAGCAUACAGUCCUGAUGAUGAAACUAAACCUAUGCCCGAGAAGACAACAUCCCAGCUCGUCGAGUUCGUGCGCUGUGCGCCGACAGGGUUCGUCAACCGCGAUAGGAAAUCACUCGAAGAGGGAAAACAUCUCAGGACCAGGAGCGACGCCAUUACGAUCGCCGAUAGCACCACCUACGACCAAUUGAUCGACAAGCUGAUGGAGCGCGGUCCUGAUCUGGACGGCUACUCCAAGGGCACGGAGUGCAUGCGCAGUAGUCUGCUACUUCUUGGGAAGAAGCAGGAGGUACGCAUCUCGGACCAGGAAAGCUGGGCUGCCGGGCGAGAGAUCAGUGGGAUGGCAAAGGGCAAGGAUGUGAGGAUGAGGCUUCUUUAUGCUCUUGUGCCUAAUGAUUACACUGGCAAGGAGAAGAAAUGUGCUGUGAUGUGA